CACAAAGACUUACUCAUCGUCAAGUGCAAGAACUAUGAAAAAUUCAGAUAAUUUAUUCUGUGGUUUUUGUGAUGAAAAGUUCACGUCUAUGGAUCAGUUGAAGCAUCAUUACUCUGUGAGAAGUCACAAAAAGAAUGUGUUAAAGAGAACACGGCAGAAAAACGAGAUUUCAGUAACAAAAUUUCGCCACCUCCCUAUGACGUUGUCAUGGGUCGAUACAAGCUAUGUCGAAGGUUUCAACAUGGCUAUUGUUUCUAUGGAAAUAAAUGUACCUUUGCACACGGUGAGGGUGAGCGGACGUUUUGGACGGAGUUGCAUAAUCGUCAAACUAAGCAUUUGAAAAAGCUGAGAGAGGAACAAAAACUUACCGAAAGCUUUAGUGAGAGAGUUAUGACGAUGAUUAAGAGUAAAGGGGAAGAACAUGUUCUUAGAGAUGAUCUUGUUGGUAUAGCAAUCACGUGUAAGUCGGAUUGGCAACUGCUGCUUAAUAGGGCUGAUAAGUCUGCGCCAAGUGAUCACAUGUUUGUCAUUGAUGUCGAAAUUCAGAAAAGCUCUGAAUUUUUACUAACGGAAGUGGCGUUUUUGCACGAAUUUCAUCUUGAUCGAUUCAAAUUGCUUAACAACCCUGGCGCCAGCUCUAACCCCUCUUCAAGUCAACACAGUUUACGUUUUUCAGUCGGCAACAACUUAAUUGAAAACUCAUCGAAGAAAACGCUGGCUACUCGUUUUGGCGUUCAUUUCUCAUCUGAGGUCUUUGGUGUUUUUGAACAAAAGUUGAUCUUUGAUUUUGGAAAUGGGUCUGUAUUAUCUAGGAAAAUUAAAGUGUCCGUUGUCAGCAAGGAAAUUCUUCCAAAUGAAGAAAUGCUGGUGAAACGAUGUCGUAUAGUGGACUGGUCUCUUGACAGCGUUGAAGUGGUUAAGUGUGAUGAUCUGCUUUACCUGGAUGAAGAGGGUUUGUGUGACUCGUAUCCAAUUCCUGAUGUCCAUCCAGCUCCAUCAGAAAUACCUGAAUUCAGUUCAGAAACAUACUGUGAAAGUUGGCAUAAUAUUCUUUACACUGAAGAGGAAUAUAUCAAAAAAGAAAUCGCCAGGUAUGAUAUUUCUAACGGAGAACUAAAGAUUGUUAAUUGCUUUACAACAUUCGAGGUAACAAGGUUUGCUGUAAACGCCGAGUUUUUUGGAGAGAUUAAUUUAUUGGACUUUUUGGUGGUUGACGAAGUUUCUGGUCAUCUGAUCAGCCGUUCAGUUUAUUCUGUAAUAGUCCGACCGAAAGAUCAAGCCUUACGUGUGUACGAGUGCUGUAUCCUAUUUAAAAGUUGUCACUCUGUUGUAAUCAAAUUAAACAAAGCGUUUUGUGAAGAUUACAAUGUGAAGUAUGACCAGGUUAUCAAUGUUGAUAUGAAGUUUAUUUACAACCGUCGUGCAAUGUGUGAAAAGCAUCAAGCCAUUGAUUUAUGUAAAGAAAAAAUGGAUGUCUUAUUACCAGACUUUUCAGCUGCCCCUAGAGAAUACAAGCAAUCUAUUCCUCAUUGGUUUAUGGAUAAAAAGCCGAACAAAAACCAGCACAAAGCAAUUGCUAUGAUUCUCGAUCCAAGUCCUACUCCACCAAUUGUCGUCUAUGGUCCAUUCGGCACCGGAAAGACAUUCACUCUUAGCCGUGCUUGCAUAUCUAUUCUCAGCCAGCCAAGUGCCAACAAAGUUUUAAUCUGCACUCAUUCUAAUAGCGCUGCAGAUGUGCAUUUGGACCUUUUGGACAAGAAAAUACAAAGCGAUUCUUUUUCAAAGCUACAUCCAUUUCGUGUUCUCAGUCAGUUUAUAACUCUAACGAAAGUUGAAGAACACUUGCGCAAAUAUUGCAACAUAAAUGAAAAGACAAAUGAAAUUAGAUUACCAAGCUCUGAAGAAUUAUAUUCCAAAAAUGUUAUUAUAACCACGCUGUCGAGUGCUCAUAUAUUAUGGAAAUAUUGUCAUAAUAACUCAGUUGCUUUUACACACAUUCUGAUUGACGAGGCUGCGCAAGCUUUAGAACCUGAAUGCUUAGUGCCGAUUGUUAUGGCUGAUCGAACUACAAAGAUCGUCCUUGCUGGCGAUCACCUACAGAUGGGUCCUCCUGCUUAUUCAAAGUCUUUGUGGCCAAUCGAUUUUGGCCCUCAAACGUCGCUUCUGGAGCGUCUCUUUGCUCAUUACAAUAAAUGUUGUAUUAUGGGUAAUAAUAAUAAUAAAGAAAGCAUGGAAAAAACUGACAAAAAGAACAUCGAAAUUACUAAAAAGAGCAGUGUUGAUAACUACGGCAGUAACGACGACGUUACAAUACCUUACGUGACACUACUUACAGAAAACUAUCGAUGCCAUGCAAACAUUCUUCGUUUCCCAUCAGAUAACUUUUAUGGUGGGGAACUGGUUGCUAAAGGUGAUCAAUUUGAACACGAUACUGUCCCUGUUCUCACAUUUUAUACCGCGAGAGGAGUGGAUUGUUGGGUUGAAGAAAGUUUAGGAUACUACAACGAUGCAGAGGUGGCAGAAUUGGUGACAAGAAUAGAGGAGCUUGUUUUGCUUUCGCCUAAAAGUUGGCGAAAAUGCAUUGGCGUGCUCACUCCUUAUCAUGAUCAGGUGAAACGUAUUAGAGAUUGCUUGAGAAAGAGAGGUCUUGAGUCAGUAAAGGUCCAUAGAGUUGAAAACGUUCAAGGCAUGGAAUUCAAAGCGUUAUUUAUUAGUACAGUCAGAACACAACAUACCUGCAAGCAAAUCCAGGAUCGUAACAUCUCAUCUCAACUAGAUUUUGGAUUUCUUUCUGAUGCACAGUUAUUAAACACAGCAAUUACUCGAGCAAAGUCUUUGCUGUCUGUUGUCGGAGAUCCUAUGUCGCUUUGUAGUAUAGGAGAGUGUCGCCAUUUGUGGAAAGAUUACCUCGAACGUUGCCAAGAAAACAAUGGUUUGUUUGGAUGCACAAUGAAAGAUGUGAUGGACUACUGUCUGCGAUCACAAACUAUUAAUCCAAGCGCUCCUUCGUUUAUUCCGACAAUUUCAAGUGCUUUAGAUGACAAAAAAGAAUUUGACCAUCACGAAGGAGAAUUAGAUAGGGAUAAAGCAGAUUCUCCUUCUCUAUCACGUGGUAUUGAGGGUCAUGAUGCAAUGAUUGUUCGAGAACUAAUAAAAGAAUGCAAAAGAACGAAGGAAAUGGAUGAAACUAAAUUACAGAUAAGCCCAUAUGAUGAGGACUUUCCUGGCAUAUCUGAUGGCAACUCAUGCAACGUAGACCAAACGAUUUCUAAACGGAAAGGUCACUUGAAAUAUAAAACUGCUGACAUACAGGUGGGCUUUUACUUGGAACCGGGUCAAGAACGAAUUCAAAAGACUGCUGGCGCUGUAUCAACAUCGGGAACCAACAGUUUGACACAGGACGAACAUGAUACAAAUAUUUUCACCACAGAAUCUUUACUUUCAUUGGUUGAAAGUGACAAAAAUAGAUAUAAGAUAUUUAGGAUACACGUUGAGAACAGGAAGGGUCAAAGAGCUUACUACGGGCGACUACCAACACCAGAUAGUCCUGACAUCGUCCUUCCUGGCCAAGUCCGUGGUGUUUUUGAAGAUGACGUGGUUGUGCUUGAAUUAAAGGCUGUUACAAAAUUGCAUGGCAUAAACGAAUAUUUUGGAUACAUUAAAGGAGUACUAAGACGACCCAUUGAAAUCGAUCGUCGUUAUUUUGUUUGCAAAGUAGAUAAAGACAUCAAUGUCAUGAUACCACGAAAUAAAAUCAUACCGAAAAUUGUCAAUUAUAAUGAAUCAAAAGAAGAAGGGAACAUUCCAAUUUACAACGUAGGAACUAAUGGUGUCACCACUGUAAGAUCAAAACUUGCCAGAAAACAGUUGGAAGAAGCAAAAGAGGGUCAAAGAGUUAUUGUUGUAAAAAUAUGCAAAUGGGUUCAGGAUUACCCGUAUCCUCUCGGUCAUGCUACUGACCAUAUCGUGUCUGGUGAAGAUAUACACAGCGGAACAAAAGUUCUUUUUAGAGAGUACAAUAUAAAAACUAAGUUCAAAAGAGAUUUGCUGUUAAGUAUGGCUCGAGAUUUCUACGAAGAUGGACAAAUUCCUCGUGAUCAAAAAUCUAGACCUGCUUAUCGUGAUAACGUAUUUACCAUUGACCCCCCAGAAUCAAAAGAUCUUGAUGAUGCCAUAAGUGUCAGAGUGCUUUCUGAGGGGAAAUACCUUAUUCAAGUUCAUAUCGCUGAUGUGACAUAUUUUGUCAAACCUGGCACACCAUUAGAUGCGGAAGCCAGAUCACGAGGCACUAGCUACUAUCCAAAGAAUAUAGAAGCAGCAGUGCCCAUGCUCCCGCCAUUGCUUUCCGAGAAGUGCUGCAGUUUAUUGCUUGGUGAAGAUCGUCUGUCCAUAACUGUUAAUCUGAAAAUUGCACUUGAUGGUGGUAUUAUUGACGAACCACUUAUAGAGCGGAGUAUUGUAAGGUCAUCAAGGAAACUCACUUAUCUGGAAGCGCAACACAUAAUCGAUAGACCUGAUUUGCCUAGUGCUGUCUCCGGUGAACAGGAAAGGCAGUUAACAGUUGACGAAGCAAUCAAAGUUGCAAAUUCUAUUGCUCAAAAUUGUCGUCUGUUACGUCUUGGCUUUGAGUCAGUUUUUCAUCAAAGAAGUUCGGACGAAUUUGGUAGUGAAUCAAAUGAAAACGAAAAGGAAGCUCAUCAAUUGAUUGAAGAAAUCAUGAUAAUGACCAAUAAUCAUGUGGCAAAGUAUUUGCUGAGAAAAUUUCCAGAAACGACUCCACUUCGUGUUCAACCACCUCCUAAACAUCACCGAGAAAUUGAAUGGAGACAACGUUUUCAAUUUUUGUUUGAUCUCUCAAUGCAAGAUGAGGAUUUAGAGCCUUUAAAAGCUAACGAAACAGAUGUCACAGAAAUUCGGGUCCCCCGCCGAACAUGGAAUAAAUUGAUAGAAAAAGUAAAGAUGCGUGCAGGAUUCAAGCAAAUAGUAAAGGUUCUUUCUGAUGUCGAUCACUUUCCUCAUCUAGCAUUGGCUGCCAUGCGCAAACGAAAAAUACAGCAAAGAGGAAGGUAUGUUUGUUCUGGGGAGAAUUUUGACUACAUUCCUUAUCCAUGGACAGCAAUUUCUUCAAAUGAAAGAAAUUCAUCCAGUAACGCUUCGGACACAACAUCUGAGAAUGAAGACGAAAACAGAAAAAAAUUGAAAACUCUAUUACACGGUCAUUCAAGUCUAAAACUCAACUCUUACUGUCAGUUCACAUCACCAAUUCGUCGAUAUAUCGAUAUUGUUGCUCAUCGUCUUGUUAUCGCAACUUUGGAGAAUGAAACUGACGUUAUAAGUGUAGAGAAUCUUACGCAACUUUGUGAACAUUGCACUUACGUCCAUCAAAACUCGAAAAAAUUUGAAAGAGAUUCAAAAAAACUGAAAUUGGCCAUUGAUAUAAAGUCGAGCUCAGGCAAAUUUGUUUCUGCGUAUGUUGAUAACAUCACUAUAGAAAGUUUCCAGCUGUUUUUUGGGAAAGAAACACUUGACUCAUAUUCUAGCAAUUCUAUUUCCUCUUCAAAACUUGGACUUAGUAUUGAUCCUGAAGAAGAAGAAAAUAAGAUAAAACUUCAGUGGAAAUUUCGUUUGAUAAGAUUUGAAAGCAAAGAUCGUUUGCAGUCUAAACUGCGAAAGUAUGUGUCGAAAAAUUUGAGGAAAAAAUGGAACUUCCAAUCAGAAGAAGUAUCAACCCAGGCGCCUGAGGAUGAUGAUUUCUCUUUAUCGCUGAACGAUUGGAAACAAAUACUUGAAGCAAUAAAGAAAAACAGACUGGACAAACUAAAUAGUGUUUUGCUGCGAGUGAAUAAAUGCUUUCAAGAUAAGGGCAAUGCUCGACGCUCUCCCCAAGAAGAUGUAUUAAAAACUUUUGUUGAAACUUCAAGCUCCGAGUUGACGAUUGCCACAGAUCAGUUGAUACAAGUCAAACAAUCUUUAAGGUCGCUAGAUCAAAUCACAGUUCAAUUAUGCUCCAAUGCAUCGCGUGGUCUUCUUAUACCUGAGAUUCAAUUGUUUAAGAUUACAAACAUAUUUUACUCAUGUAUUGAACAUCGAACCUUACCAGCAACCUGUUUUGCGAAGGUUCCGACACACAAGCCUUACAACAAUAAACGUUACGAUGACAUAGAACAAUAUGUUACUUUGUGGAAACCUGUUCUCAUGAUGGAAAUUGUGACGUCGGCCGUAGCAGAAAAUGACGUAAUCAUAUUAUUUAAUCUUCAUGCAAACAUAUCAUUGAUCAAUGGCAAAACCAUUCUAGAGUUUCAAUUAUCGAACGACUUCAUCAAAAAUCACUUCGUUGGCACACUUCAUCUUAACUUACUGUGUGUACGCAUAAGAGAUCCAGCUAACAUUAACGAAUCAAAUGCUGGUUAUUGGGUUGGACAUUUUCAGAUCCUCCCACCAUUCAGGAAAAAUUCCGAAUCGGAAGACGAUAUGGAGUGGCCUGAUUGGGAAAAAUGUGAAAGGAAAGUGAGACAAAAAAGUGACAAAGAAUUCUGUACAUUUACGGCUGACUUUAUACACAGCGCUUUGCCAAUCCCACAAUCGUUGAUUGAUCAAGGCAGUUCAGUUGUUAUUGCCGAAAUGAUAAAAUUAAGCGUACCUGAAAGACGCUGCUACACAGCAUUGUUGAUGGCUCCAGAGAAUAAAUCAUCCCUGAUUCACAAUAUUUGUAUCGAGGACUCUAAUGCCAUCUAUAAUGUUCAGAAGGAUGAACUUCCCCAAAAUUUGUCUUUCGAGGAAAAAGAGGAAAAAUUUCCUCCACUCAAUGAGUAUCAGCUCAAAGCAGUGAGGGAUGCUCUGAAUUCUUCAUUUACUGUGAUUCAGGGACCACCAGGUACAGGAAAAACAGUUGUUGGCGUACAUAUUGCAUACUGGUUUGCCCACUACAAUCAGUUACGAUUUUCAGCUGUUAAAAAGAAAGAUGAUGAGGGCUAUAAAGGCGCUGUUGUGUUUUAUCUUGGACCUUCAAACAAGUCAGUUGAUGUGGUUGCACAUUAUUUAUUGAAAAUUCCCGAUUUUCCCAUUUUGCGAAUCUAUGGACAAGAAAUUGAGCGAAAGACCUUUCCCGUUGCUGAUCAGUUGUCAGCCUUUCGAUUGAAAAAUUCGUCUGCUCAACUAGCGUGUGACCCAAAACUUAAAGACGUUUCUCUGCAUCAUGUAAUACGCAGCGACACAUGUCCUUUUUCCAAGAAAAUCAAGGAGUUUGAUGAGACAUUUAAGAGAUAUAUUAGCGAAGGUGGUUUUGCUACACGACAGGAAAUUGCAAGUUAUGAAAAGGAAAAAGCCAAGGCUGAAAAGUGGGCCAUGACAGAAAACAAUGUCAAAGUGAUAUUAGCGACAUGUACCAUAGCGUACAGUAGACGUGUUAUGUCUCCGUGUGAGGAUUUAGUGAGUCAAUGCAUCAUUGAUGAAAGCGCUAUGUGUAUCGAGGCAGAGACCCUUUGCGGUAUGUUAGGCUCAAAACCCGAGCAAGUCGUUCUGAUUGGUGAUCACAAGCAGCUUCAGCCAAUUAUCAAAUGUAAACAGGCGAAACAACUGGGUCUCGGAGUUUCUAUGUUUGAACGAUACUCAAAAAAAGCCAAUAUGCUGAAAUUACAGUACAGAAUGCAUAAAGAAAUUUGUAACUUUCCAUCUCAAAGAUCCUACGACGGAAAACUUGAGACAGCUGAAAUUGUCAAACGCCGUAAACCAGACCAAUACAAAUGGCCUAAUGGCAACUCCUUUCCUUUUGCCUUUAAUCAUGUUGAAGGGCACGAAGAAUCACUUAUUAUUAGCACAGAUAAAGGAAAUGAGAACUCAAAAAAGAAUGAAAAGGAGAUAAAGGAAGUUAUUCGUGUUGCAAGCGAAAUUAAGGAUUCAGGUAUUACUGAGGAAAGCAUCCUUAUUCUGUCACCCUAUCGUGCUCAAUGUUAUGAACUGGAGAAGCAGCUAAAAAAUACUGGCCUUAACAGUGUGUCUGUGUCAACAGUUGUUGCCGCCCAAGGAAGCGAGAGUGACUACGUUAUUCUGUCAUUGGUAAGGUCACUUGACGAAAGUUUGAUUGAAAAGAAUCCAUCAAAGACAUGGCUUGAUGAACAUAUUGGAUUCAUAAUGGAUGAAAAUCAAGUAAACGUUGCUCUCACACGAGCAAAGAAAGGCCUCGUGAUAAUAGGAAAUGCAAACUUGAUCGAUGCCUGUCGCACAGGGGUAUGGUCUGCCUUAUUGCAGCACUACAAAAACAAGAACUGCUUUAUUGAUCGUUCAAAAGAAAAUCAGGAUGAGAAUGCAUCUAACCCUAGCUCAUAUUAAAAAAGUAUUAAUUGCACCAAGUUCCCGUUUCUCAGUGAGCUCCAUACAUUCCAAAAAAACUUUGGAUGGAAGAAGUCUAUAGGAAACAUUCAAAAUAGAGGCAUAUCCAGGCCGCAAGUUUUGGUCGUGUCAUUUAAAUUUUAGAUAAUUAGCAUUAUUCAUUUCUUUAGAAAUCUUUUGUUUUUACAGGGAGUGACCACGGAAAAAUUAACGUAGCAGGACCAUAUUUGCAGGCUGGCUACGCCUAUGAUUCAAAUAACUUAAUUUUGGAGUGAUAACACUACAAUUUUAUAAGGAGCUCACUAGAUUAUUCUAUACUUUUACAUAAUUAGCUCACAUUACGCUUAACUACUCCGGAUGUUGUGUAAACGGUUAAAAGAAAGCAAAACUGGAUUGAAUUUAAGCUUUGCAUUUUAGUUUAUAUUUAGUAAGUUCACCACUAAAAAUUAUACAUUUUCAAAUGACUAGUAAAAGAUACAGAACACGUCACAUCCAAUUCACAUCCUACACCUAUAGUAUGCAAUAUAGUUAUUUUACUAUAAGUUUAAAAAUUUGUAAUCCAGGCAUUUAAUACAUAAAAGAUAAAAGUUUCUCCGGA